AUGGUGGUUCGAGGACCGACGCUGAAACUGUCCUCAGGAGCAGAAAUGCCAGCUCUUGGUCUUGGCACCUGGCUGUCAAAACCAAAUGAAGUUGGAAAUGCUGUCAGGCAUGCACUCGACUGUGGGUACCGUUUGAUUGAUACAGCAGAAGCUUAUGGAAAUGAAAAGGAAAUUGGUGAUGCUCUUCAAGAAUAUUUUAAAGCAGGCAAAGUGAAACGUGAAGACGUGUUUGUUACAACAAAAUGUUUCUGUAACCAUUUUCGGCUAGAGCAAAUGAAUGCAGCAAUCCGGGAAUCUUUGAAGAAGCUGCAGCUUGACUAUGUAGAUCUCUAUCUUGCACAUUCACCCGCUGCAUUAAACGAAGACAACUCAAUACCAGAACACCCUGUCACAAUCGAGCAAAUAUGGCAGAAUCUUGAAAGUGUGUAUAAAAAGGGGUAUGCGAAAGCAAUUGGCGUUUCAAAUUUUACCGUAGCACAAAUGGAGCGUAUUUCGAAAAUUGCUACAAUCCCAAUCCACAACCUUCAGGUUGAAUGUUAUCUCUAUUUGCCGCAGUUUGAACUGGCUGAAUUUUGCAAGAAACACAAUAUUACUUUUACUGCAUAUUCUCCAAUUGGCUCACCUGGCCGGUUUAGUGCAAAUGUGUGGGUUACAAACAAUUUGGGAGUUGAGUGGAAACAUACGCCGAAUCCUUUAGAAGACGAAUUAGUUAAAAAACUUAGCGGAAAGUACCAUAAAACUGCAGCACAAAUUCUUCUUCGCUACUUGUUGCAAAGAGGCUUCUCGCCAAUCCCAAAGAGUGUUAAUAACAAGCGUAUUGAAGAGAACUGGAAUAUUUUCGAUUUUGAGUUAAGCGCAGCUGAAAUGAAGGAGCUGAAUGAGCUGAAGAAGAAUUACAGAACUGGUUCUUGGGACUUCUUAAAAGGACAUCCAGAAGAUCCGUUCAAGAAUGAGAGGUAA